AUGAUAAAACUACGUGUACUUCCUCUGUUGCAACCUCAGAGAUUGUUUGCUGCACUGAUGAUUUACAAUAGAGGUAAAUCAUCUACAACAACGACCACAGGUCAGUCGAUGAAUCUACCACGUCGUUCAACCUUUGAAUCGAAACCAAUACAAAAUAAUCAAGUUAGAAAUUAUACAUCAUCAACCACAUCAACUAGUAACAACAAUAGUAAUAGAGUUUUCAAAGAUAAUUAUUUGGAUGAUUCAUUUUGGAAUUUCUCAUCGCAAGGUCCCGCUUUCGCUGUGGAUCCAGCGAACAUCGAGUUCAUUCGUGAACCCGAUGAUUUCUAUAAUCACUUGAUCGAGGGUGUCAAGAGAGCUACCAAACGUAUCACUUUCGCAUCGCUCUACUUGGGAACUGGCAAACAGGAGAAGCAGUUGGUCAGCGAGAUGAUCGCUGCCUGCGAGCGCAAUCCAGAGUUGAAAAUCCAUAUUUUGUUGGACGGUUUGCGUGGCACUCGUGAAUCGCCAGGUGAAACACCGGCCAGCGCCAAGGUCAGUUCCGCCACUAUGUUGCAGCCGUUGUACGACCAAUUCCCAGAGCGUGUCACCAUCAGUCUCUAUCAUACACCAGACUUGAACGGUCUACUCAAAAAGAUGUUGCCACCGCGUGUCAAUGAGACAAUCGGUGUCAAUCACUUGAAAACCUACGUGUUCGACAACGAUUUGAUGAUGAGCGGUGCCAACCUCUCGAAAGACUACUUCACCAAUCGUCAGGACCGUUACGUGUGGAUCUACAGAACAGAAUCGAUCGCCACUUUCUUUGAUCGUGUAGUCGCCACCGUUGGAACUAUCUCCUAUCAUCUCGGUAGCAAAGGCGCCGUCCAACUCGCCAGCGGUUCACUCGACCCAGUAGCGCAAUCCGCCGACUUCAAGUUGUUGGCCGAGAAGCGACUAGCCGCACUCAUCCAACCAAACACAUUCUAUCUUCCAAACAACUCGAAACAAUCACUGUCAUCGCCAUUCGACGCACCCACCAAAUCAACUUGGAUCUUCCCAACAAUCCAGAUGGGACCAUUCAAUAUCCGUCACGACGAAGUACUGACUUCUUAUAUUUUCGAAAAUGUUCCUGCCGACUCGAAAUUCUAUAUCACUUCACCCUAUUUCAAUCUCACCAAGAACUAUCUGAAUUUGAUUCUCAGCGGAAAACCACAACUCGAUAUCAUCACUUGCUCGCCGGAAGCCAACGGAUUCUUUGGUGCCAAGGGACUGUCGAGUGCCGUACCCGAUUGUUACGCCAUCAUCGAGCGACGUUUCCUCGAGCGUGUCGUCGAUAGCGGUAACGAGGAGCGUAUCAAAGUCGAUGAGUACAUUCGUAGUAAGUGGACGUAUCACGCCAAGGGACUGUGGAUCACCGCACAACAACAAUCACUGCCUAGCGUAACACUGAUUGGAAGUCCAAACUUUGGUUCGAGAAGUGUCGAGAAAGAUCUCGAAGCUCAAAUGAUUAUUUUAACUCAAGACAAAUCGCUACAACAAAAGAUGGAAGAUGAAAGAACCUAUCUGUGGCAAGACACUCAAGUUGCAGACAUGGAGCUAUUUAAACAAAGAAAAAUUUCACUCUGGGUCAAGGUUUUGGUUUAUCUAUUUGGAAAUUAUCUAUAG